UGUGUUAGUGAGUGGUGUUUCUGUGUCUCUUUCUCAUCCUUUACACAGCACAUAGUCUUCUACAAUACAUACAUAUCCAAACGACAGCGUUUUCUUUCCAUUCCUCGGAAGGUUCGAGAAUCACGGUGAGAUAAAAGAGAUGCGUGACGAAAGCAACGAGUGAACAUCACUCACUCACUGAGUCACUGUCCAUGUUCCGUUAAUUGGACUUGUGCGUUCGUUUCUUCUUUGCGCUUAUCCUUUCCGCGCAUUUUCAGAACAAAACCCUAAUCCUCCAUUUUUUCCCGUUUUCAGCCUCCAAAACCCUAUCUCUAACUUCGUUACGCUUUUCCCCGCUGAACAGGAAUUCUGAAAAAGAGGUAGUGGAAAUUCCAGCACUCUAAUAAUUGAAGAUUUCAAGUAAAUUGUGUCCAAUUUCUGGAUGUUGUGACAGUCCAGCCAUCUUUUACUCACAGAACUGAAGUUGUCUGAAUACUAGAUAUAGUGGAGCAUGGCAGACCAUCGGAAUGGAAGUGCCCAAGCAGCCAAUGGAACUGCCCAAGCAGCAGGAACUGCCUAUUCCAUUGAUCUCAAUGCAUUUCAAACCAGACUAAGGUCAUUUUAUCAACAUUGGGAUGCACACAAUACAGAUCUUUGGGGCUCUUCUGAUGCAAUUGCUGUUGCAUGUCCUCCACCUUCAGAAGAUCUGCGAUACUUGAAAUCGACUGCUCUUAACUUAUGGUUGCUUGGAUUUGAGUUCCCCGAGACAAUUAUGGUUUUCACAAAGAAGCAGAUCCAUAUAUUGUGCAGCCAGAAGAAGGCUUCUAUUCUCGAAUCUGUCAAAAAAUCUGCCAGAGAGGUUGUUGAUGCAGAUCUUGUUUUGCAUGUCAAACCUAGAAACGAUGAUGGAACUGCUCUAAUGGAUGCUAUAUUCCGUGCUAUCCGUGCUCUGUCAAAGUCUGAUGGUCGAGAUACUCCCACUGUUGGAUACAUAUCAAGAGAGGCUCCUGAAGGGAAACUGCUUGAAAUGUGGACUGAAAAAUUAAAAAAUACAAAAUUUCAGUUGAAUGAUGUGGCCAAUGGGUUGUCUUCAUUGUUUGCUGCAAAGAAUAAUGAGGAGCUUACAUCAAUUAAGAGAGCGGCAUACCUGACAACAAGUGUGAUGAAAAACUUUGUCAUUCCAAAGCUUGAGAAUGUAAUUGAUGAAGAGAAGAAAGUUUCUCAUUCUACAUUGAUGGAAGACACCGAGAAAGCUAUCCUGGAGCCUUCUAAAGUCAACUGUAAACUGAAGGCAGAUAAUGUAGAUAUUUGUUACCCACCAAUUUUUCAGAGUGGUGGACAGUUUGAUCUCAAGCCUAGUGCUGUCAGCAACGAUGAGUUACUUCAUUAUGACUCUGCAAGUGUGAUUUUAUGUGCUGUUGGGGCGCGGUAUAAGAGUUACUGCUCAAACAUAGCUAGGACUUUCUUGAUUGAUGCAGACCCUCUUCAAAGUAGGGCCUAUGGGGUUCUCCUGAAAGCCCAUGAGGCCGUCAUUGGAUCAUUGAAGCCUGGAAACAGGUUGAGUGCCGCAUACGAAGCUGCUGUUUCCGUUGUUGAAAAUGAUGCUCCUGACUUGAUUUCGUACUUGACAAAGUCUGCUGGAACAGGCAUUGGUAUUGAGUUUCGAGAGUCAGGUUUGAAUAUUAAUGCUAAAAAUGAGCAGCUAGUAAAAGAAGGCAUGGUCUUUAAUGUGUCCCUUGGGUUUCAGAACGUUCAAAGAGAAAGUUCCAAGUCUAAGAACAAGCACUUCUCCUUGUUGCUUGCUGACACAGUUAUCAUAAACAAAGAUAAAACUGAAGUUGUGACCUCUAUGAGCUCAAAGGCUCUAAAAGAUGUUGCAUAUUCUUUCAAUGAGGAUGAGGAAGAGGAAAAUCCCAGGGCUAAAGCUGACACCAAUGGUGCUGAGCCCUUGAUGUCUAAGACAACUCUAAGGUCAGACAAUCAUGAGAUGUCAAAGGAGGAACUUCGAAGGCAGCACCAGGCCGAACUUGCUCGUCAGAAAAAUGAAGAAACUGCUAGGCGACUUGCUGGUGGUCGAAAUGAGACAGGAGACAACCGUUCCUCUGCGAGGUCAUCUGCAGAACUGAUGGCUUACAAGAACAUAAAUGACCUUCCCCCUCCCAGAGAAAUGAUGAUUCAGAUUGAUCAGAAGAAUGAAGCAGUUCUCUUGCCUAUAAAUGGAAGCAUGGUACCUUUUCAUGUGGCUUUCAUUCGAACUGUUUCCAGCCAGCAGGACACCAACCGGAAUUGCUAUAUCAGAAUUAUUUUUAAUGUUCCUGGGACCCCUUUCAGCCCUCAUGAUUCAAACUCCUUGAAGUUCCAAGGAUCUAUAUAUUUGAAGGAGGCUUCAUUCCGCUCCAAGGAUUCAAGGCACAUAAGUGAGGUUGUGCAGUCCAUUAAAACACUCAGGCGUCAAGUUGUAGCAAGGGAGUCUGAGAGAGCUGAGAGGGCCACCUUGGUUACUCAAGAGAAACUGCAACUUGCUAAUAAUAGAUUUAAGCCAAUACGAUUGUCCGACCUUUGGAUCCGUCCUGCUUUUGGUGGGCGUGGAAGGAAGAUACCUGGUACACUUGAGGCUCAUGUGAAUGGAUUUCGUUAUUCUACCACUAGGCAAGAUGAGCGUGUAGACAUAAUGUUUCCCAACAUUAAGCAUGCAUUUUUCCAACCCGCUGAGAAUGAAAUGAUCACUCUCCUACACUUCCAUCUGCACAACCAUAUUAUGGUAGGGAAUAAGAAGACCAAGGACGUUCAAUUUUAUGUUGAGGUUAUGGACAUGGUCCAGAAUGUUGGGAGUGGUAAGAGGUCAGCGUAUGACCCUGAUGAGCUUGAAGAAGAACAACGGGAGCGACAGAGGAAGAAUAAAAUUAAUGUAGAAUUCCAAACCUUUGUGAAUCGGGUGAAUGAUCUCUGGGGACAACCUCAAUUGAAUGGCCUUGACCUGGAGUUUGAUCAACCUCUUAGAGAGCUUGGCUUCCCUGGGGUGCCUCAUAAAUCUUCAGUAUUUAUUGUACCUACUUCUGCCUGCCUGGUUGAAUUAAUAGAGACCCCUUUCCUUGUUGUCACGCUUAGUGAGAUUGAGAUUGUUAAUCUUGAGAGAGUUGGACUUGGGCAGAAAAACUUUGAUAUGACAGUAGUAUUUAAGGACUUCAAGAGGGAUGUCCUCAGGAUUGAUUCUAUCCCUUCUACAUCACUGGAUGGCAUCAAGGAGUGGCUUGACACAACAGACAUCAAAUAUUAUGAGAGCAGGCUGAAUCUGAACUGGCGUCAGAUCCUGAAGACAAUAACGGAUGACCCUCAGAGCUUUAUUGAAGGUGGCGGUUGGGAGUUUCUGAAUUUGGAAGCUACUGAUUCAGAAUCUGAGAACUCGGAGGAGUCUGAUAAAGGUUAUGAACCAUCUGAUGUGGAACCUGAAUCGGAUUCAGAGGAUGAAGCUUCUGACAGUGAAUCACUUGUUGAGUCUGAGGAUGAUGAUGAUGAUGAUGAAGAUUCCGAGGAGGAUUCUGAGGAAGAGAAGGGAAAGACAUGGGAGGAACUAGAGAGGGAAGCAAGCAAUGCAGAUAGGGAGAAGGGAAAUGAGUCUGACAGUGAAGAAGAUAGGAAAAGAAGAAAGGCAAAAAGCUUUGGUAAGUCAAGAGGAGCCGGUCUAAGUAGUAGCAUGACAAAGCGGCCCAAGUUAAGAUAGAUUUUUGGCUUUUGUUCUUAGCUGGUAUAUGGUUUAGUUCAGUUACUCUAUGUUGUUGCUGCGGUAGCAGCUUUUGCUUUUGUAGUAGUAGUCCUAUGAUGAUUGUAAAUUAGGGUUUUUCUUUUUAUAAUAUAGUUCAGUCACUUAAUAGCAAUCCUUGCAUCAAAUGUUCUUAAAAUAUUUACGUACUUUAAUCAUUUAAUGACUUAUUUAAUUUUGUGUUA